AUGCAAUGCAAGGAAAUCGGUUAUCGGAGUAAUGUGUUCCCCAGCGAGAUAGACCCUGCGGUGAUGAAGAGGCUCGGUGAGAAUUUCCAGCGCAUGAAGGCACUAUACGGCGACUUCGGCUUUGGCGCCGUCCAUAGGAUGGCCGAAGGGAAGAGGGGCAAUUCCUGCGAGGAUUGGCUUUUCUGGGGGAAGCUAGCCCGCGAGAUUCACCUGACUUUGGUACCUUGUGGGCUGGUUGAUCCUGCGAUUGUCCACGCUAUUCUGAGGCACACUGGUCUCCCUAUGCCUAAUGGCCGCAGUUUUAGCAAGGAGGAAGGCGAAAAUACGUCGAAGGAAUGGAACAGUUAUGUCGACCACUAUAUCGCCCAAGGCACUGAUCCUCGAGAACCCAUCGAAAUAGAGCGGGCGGCUAAGAUCGGUGUCUCCUGUGGUGCUCUCUAUCGAACAUGCCAGGGCGCGAACUGCCAGAAGCUGGAAGGGAGGGACGUAACAAAAUUGCUCCUAUGCUCCAAGUGUAAGAUGUCCGUCUACUGUAGUCGGAAUUGCCAGGCAAGUGACUGGAAGACACACAAGCUUAUCUGCAGUCAGACUGGCCCGCAUGGACAGCCGGAGCAGAUGUUGCCUUCUCAGGCUGCCAUUCAGAAGUAUAUUAUGCCUAAUAUGUUCAAGGGUCUCGUUGAAGAUAUGGAUCUCAUCCUUGGGAAUACAUACCCAGUAGCGCUCCGUCUUUGA